UGGCUAAUCAUUUGUGCUGAGUCGACGUUAUAGUUAACACCAUGAUGAAACUUAUCUGGCUGCUAAUCGGAUGCGUUGUUCUGAUUCAUUCAACCUCAGCUCGUCAAGCUACCAGUCAGGCUGAUUGCGGGAUGAAUGAAACGUACACCGAUUGUGGAUCCUGUGUGGAAGAUAUCUGUGGGCAGCCCAAAAUAUACGCAAAAUGUUUUGCCUGUACCAAGGGCUGUUUCUGUAACGAGGACUAUAUCCGGGGAAGCCGCGGAGGAACCUGUAUUCCCAAGUGUAAAUGCUCUAAGCUGCCUAAGUAAAAGGGUAUAGA